UCUGGAAGGUAUUCGUGUCGGAAACUUGGCUGUACCUAAAAAAGAAUUGGAAGCUUAAAACAAGCACCGAAAACAAAAGCGAAUAACUACAUCAGCAUCGUUGUUUUUUUUCUGUGUAGCGGGGAAAUUCCGGGAUUAAGUACGUUUUUCGCGUUUUUUUUUUGUUUGUUUCAAAGCGUGAAGCCCUCAUCUUGAGCACCCCUGCGCCGGCUCGGCCUCCUCGCGCGAGACGCGAGACUUGCGUGUCUGGGCCGAGCUGUGGGUAGUGACGGGAGCGCGCCACUGCAGGAGGAGACUGUGAGAGAAAGCCCACGGCGGACGGGUCUUUACUCCACUCAAACUUGAGGACUGAAGGGGGAAAAAAAAAAGAGAAAGUGUAGAGGGCAAAUCGUUUCAACAUUGCAGCGGGCUCAAAUUUGCAUUUGCAACCAGAGUUUUGUUUGCUUGUCCUUUAUAUUCGAGCUCAACCCGGUGCGCUCCUUUAAUUCCUGGGUUGACGUUGUUUUUUUUUUUAGAUUUUUACUUCAACUUACACCUUUUGAUUUAAGUGGGGGAAGGAGAAGUUAACUUGAUUGACUGCGUGGUGCAGCGGGACUGGCUGUUCUGCAGGAAUGUCGCAGAAAGAAAGACCCACUUUCUACCGACAGGAGCUGAACAAGACGAUAUGGGAGGUCCCGGAACGGUACCAAAGUCUUAGCCCAGUCGGCUCUGGGGCUUACGGAUCAGUGUGCUCAGCCGUCGAUGUGAAGUCGGGCCUGCGGGUGGCCGUGAAGAAGCUGUCCAGGCCUUUCCAGUCCAUCAUUCACGCCAAGAGGACAUACCGGGAGUUGCGGCUGCUCAAGCACAUGAAGCACGAGAACGUGAUUGGGCUCCUGGAUGUUUUCACUCCUGCAACGAGCCUGGAGGAGUUCAAUGAUGUGUACCUGGUGACUCACCUGAUGGGUGCCGACCUCAACAACAUCGUCAAGUGUCAGAAGCUCACAGACGACCAUGUGCAGUUCCUCAUCUACCAGAUUCUGCGUGGCCUGAAGUACAUCCAUUCAGCGGAUAUCAUUCACAGAGAUCUGAAACCCAGCAACCUAGCGGUCAACGAGGACUGUGAGCUGAAGAUCCUGGACUUCGGGCUGGCCCGCCACACAGACGACGAGAUGACGGGCUACGUGGCGACGCGCUGGUACAGGGCUCCCGAGAUCAUGCUCAACUGGAUGCACUACAACAUGACAGUGGACAUUUGGUCUGUGGGAUGCAUAAUGGCUGAGUUGCUGACUGGAAGGACAUUGUUUCCUGGCACAGAUCAUAUUGAUCAGUUGAAGCUAAUUAUGAUGCUCGUCGGGACACCAGGGCCAGAGCUCUUGAUGAAAAUAUCUUCAGAGUCUGCGAGGAACUACAUCAACUCCUUGCCACAUAUGCCAAAGAGGAACUUUGCUGACGUUUUCAUCGGAGCCAACCCUCUGGCGGUGGACCUGCUAGAGAAGAUGCUGGUUCUGGACACAGACAAGCGGAUCACCGCAGCAGAGGCGCUGGCCCACCCUUACUUUGCUCAGUACCACGACCCAGACGACGAGCCUGAAGCCGAACCCUACGACCAGAGCUUUGAGAGCCGGGAGCUGGAGAUCGAGGAGUGGAAACGCCUGACCUAUGAAGAGGUGAUCAGCUUCGAGCCGCCGGUCUUCGAUGGUGACGAAAUGGAGUCAUGAGGCUUUAGGGGGACAUCCAGUCCGUUAGCGCCUGGCUGCUCUCCGGACUUUCUGAAACCACCGUCAUUCAAGUGCCUGUUAUAGCUCAGUGCUGGGUUCCCCUUGGGGGUUGCAAAGGGGCAAAGGCGAUUCUUUUUGUACUUUUAACUGUUUUAUUUUCUCUCCUGCUUGCAGUAUUGUGUUGUGUGGAAACACUCUGGAUAGGUCUCAGAACUGAGUCCAAGACUUCCCUUUAUAUAAUCAGUUAAAGGAAAAGGAAAAGCAGUUGCCGGAUUGCCUGUUUUUAAAGCUAUAGUUUAAAAGCAGACAUGCCAUUUAUAAUGCAGACUUAAUAAUAAGGUAGUCUUUUUUAGAGUUGGGAGAAAUUUAGUAUUUCUAAAGAAAACGGGAGGAGAAAAAAAAGCUCCCGACAGUUUGUAUCUGUUGCAUGACUUGUCCAUUUCUGCUGCUGAGAAUUGUUCAAUUAACAGGCGCAGACCUGUGAGCCAGUGCGGUAUACAGCAGUGGUUUCCCAUGAGGCUGUGCAAGUUGACAGUGUGCAUUGAUCAGCUUACUGCCCGGAGCUGGUGUUCCUCGUUUUAAAUGAAAGGAAAGGCUCAUUUUGUACGCAGGGAGAUCUUUAUGCAACACGGAUGAGCACUGUGCUGUCGGCAGUCGCUCUGCAAUGGCGAGUCACCGAUGGAAUUCAGCAAAGUUUUCCUGUUUCAAGCCAUAGCGCUGAUUCCAGACCGUGACCUUCAGUGACACAGCGGUGCCUUGACAGAAACGGGCUUCUCCUGACCGAUUCUGCUGUUACCAGAGCUCGCCUGUCAGCUCUUCUUUGAGGAGAAGAACCUCGGUUUUUUGGUGCGUGCUUAUUUCUGUCAUUAUAAGGGGCUCCCAGGAUGCUUUGUCUUGUUUUAUUGAAUACAAUGCGAUACAUAGCUUGAAUGGUUAUUAGUUCAUUGUGCCAAUUUUCCACCUCUCAACCAAGGCUAGCGCAAAGGCUUUUGCCUGUGUUUAACUUGUCCAUUGUUAUAAAAUGUACCCCCUCUGCCUUUGUUUUUGCAUUGCAUCGGUGAAUAAGGAAGGUUGUUAAAAGACGGCAUUGUUAUAGCCUGGGGUUUCCCCUUCCUCCAGUAACCGGAGCGGAGGACUCCCGAGAGAGGAGGGGGGAUGGCGUGCCUGCACUGCCUGAGAGCGGCACAGGUGAGUAGGGAAGACUGAGAGGCAACUUCUCUUGGUUGAAUCCCAGUGGUUGUGCCCCAGAGCCCUGCCUGCUUUGGUCUCCCAUCCCUACUCUUAAUUGCUUGAGUGAACUAACGAGUUACCCAGCUGAGCCAUUAGGCACAGGCCCUCCUCUUUAAGCUGCUGGGUCAUUUCGAGUUCACCUGAAGCCCGUUGAAAAGCAGCUGGAGUGGCGAUAGCUUUGGACAGCCUGGUCACCGGCAGGUGGGACUUUCAUGGCCAAGACUUGGUACCAGCUCCAGUGUAGGUGGCAGGGUGGUCAUGUUUCUUCGUUAUUAUUUUUGUUUUACCUUCUGUUUUUGGUGUGACCUUGUGUUAAAGAGAAGCCUUUGAUAACUUACCAAUUCAGUUUGUCACAGUACCUUAUUUAUUGUAGCUUUCCACUAUGAGUUUUAGGCAUGUAAUCCCCCCGCCCCCUUCAGGCUUCUGCAAGCACUCUGUUAGUUUGUCUUAAUGUACAUUGCAUCGCAUACUGACCUGUGCACAAGGCCUGAGGAGAAGCAUCUUAGCUUUCAUCUUUUUUUUCCCAUUUUACACCUGGUAUGAUUGGCAGUUUGAAAAACUACAGUUAUGCUGAAACAAGUAGUUUUUUGGGGAUUUGGUUCUGGCUUACUGAACAACAGCCUGGCCUUAGUGGUGAGGAAUCUCCCCUGGUUGGGCGGAGGUGCCCUUCCUCCUGAUUGUUUCCCUUCAAUCCCUUCUUUUGCCGGGAUUGAAGUUGAGAAAUCUGCGUGAACGUUAAAGCCGCCAGCCUGAAGAGCUGUUGUCCUAGCCUGUGCUAGACGUUCGCUCGGGGAGGUUAUUUUAAGCGCGUGGGGAGGAGGUUAUUGUUCCCAGAGCUCUCAGCUUGACGGCCUCUUGUUGCUGUCAGUCGUGUCUUUCCGUUCGCACGGGCAGUGAGCCGCCGUGGGAGGAAAGGUGCAUGCCCUGGUCAUCCAGAAGCUCUCUUCCAGCUCCCUGCUUCCCCCCGGUGCAAGGGCUCCAGAGGGCCGGUACCCACUGCACUACAGCACCGUCCCGCUCAGAGGUGCUCUCCCCUCGGGGGACCAGGCCGUGCAGUCCAGCGGGCUCUCUAGCUCGUUCUGAAUCGUUAGCAAUGCGAGAGCUGCGGAGAAAAGUGGAGUCAUUCCCCUUGCCUUCAAUGGAUGACAAGCAGAGAUCAAGAAAGCAUCCAGAUCUCACAAGGUGGAGUAAACUCUUAGGACUAUAGUGAUGAAAAUAGAAGGUUGAGGGUGUGAAUCCUGGGUGGGGGACUGGGUUACCUUUUUAUAUGCAUGAUAAUUCACUCCAGUAAAUUGCACAGCUGCGCUUUAGUUAAGUUUGUCAGCUCCUCCUAAUUAAGCAAAGGCUUGGUUCAGUUAAGCUAUUCAGGUCUCAGUUGGAAUGAAGACAGGAGGAGAUUAUGGGGGCAGACCUCUGUCCCUUAAAGAGAGAUUGUGAAGAUGCUUGAUGUAAAGCAGAAUGAUCCAACUCUGGGCCUAAAAGGCUGAUUUGUCUGUACGUCCACCUGAGUUCUUGAUGAGCUCAUUAUUGGAUCAGCUCAACAACAUCUUCCAAAACUUUCGGUGCUUCUGUUUUAAAGAGACAUAUAAAUCUUGCAGAUGCUGUGGCCAUACAGUACUGAAGACCUGUUAAUUGCAUUAACUUGGUACUGAAUUCUGGGAGUUCAGAUUUUUAGCAGUCGUGUUAAAAUAGUGGGAUAACCUUUGUUCCUGGUGUAAUGCUCAUGUGACCCACUCUUGUUUGGACUGGGGCCCGAGCUUAGUGAGGAUUAAGGUGCUUCUCCUUCACCACCACAAAACAUGCCCAAACCAGCAAAACUCAGCCCAGAACAUGUUUUAUAAAUAUAAAAUAAUUCAGGAUGUACAUAAAUAUAUCAAUAAUAGCAUUUUUUUUCUUUUAAAAAAAACUUAUUACUGUGUUUUCAUGAUAUAGUAUUACUUGAUCUCAUAAAAGCAAUAUCUGUAACAGGCAUGUCUUUCAGUGUGUGCCCGUUUGUGUGUGCGUGUAUGUGUGUGUGUUUUCAGGAAUUUGAAGGGCAAUGUUGAAACCACAAAUUGUAAAUUCAUAAUUAAAAAGGUGAGAACGUUAGAUUCAGAUAUUUAUAUCCUGGUGCGCCAACAAGCUCUGGAGUUCAAUAUGUAGUUUUUGUUUGUUCUGAGGAAGGGAUAGACCUCCACUGUACAGAAGUAAAGACUCGCAUUAUUUUGUGUACUUAAACAAUUCACCAUAUUGAACUGUGAAACCACGGUAGAGUAACCAUAACGUACCACUGUUUAAAAAUAAAGGCUAUUAUUUUUCAA